CUAGUUCUUACCUGUGUAAGGAUUUUGUAGUCUCUCUGUUUCAAUGUGAGAGUGGACCACACGAAUUGAAUAGCCAUCUAUUCAGGAGCAAAAGGACAACGAGUUAUUUGUAGCCUAUCACUUUACUCAUGUCAUUAUCAUACUCAUUCUCAUAUUUAAACAGAUAGAUGCUCGGACACCUUUCUUACAUUGUCUCUUUGUAAAUAUACUGAUUUUUAUUGCCCAAAAUGGAACGCCGGAAAUUGCCUAUUCAUGUCAUUGCAAUUAAAAUAGAGGCAUGUGUAGAAGUAGGCAGUAGAAUCUAUGUACAAUAUUUGGAUAGCGUCAUCUAUCUUUGCAUUCUGUGUGCAACAGUGUUGCUUUAUCGUCGAACUGUCAGGGUGAAGAUGUCUCAUCACAGGAGUCCAUGAAACCUUAUUGAUUGAGACUCAAUAAAGCAGACUUAGUCAUUUUCUCCCGUGGCCAAUGACAUUGCAAGUGUGUGUCUACGUGUAUGAAUGAGCAAGGAGAGCCGGAGAGGGAGAUGUGGAGAGACCGCGAUCCGCAUGUGAUAGCUUGGCUACUUUUCAUCGUUUUGACAGUUAUCGUAGGUUGUUAUGACAACACGCUAUUCUAAUCCGGAAACGAGUUCAGCUAAAGAUGGCGGUCCAGGAGCCGAUGGCGUUACCGAUGCGCCUGAGGAACCAGCUUCAAUCGGUCUAUGAACUUGACCCUUUAAGAAAUGAGGAGGAGGUCAAAGUGAAGAUAAAGGAUUUAAAUGAACACAUCGUAUGCUACCUGUGCGCGGGAUAUUUCAUCGAUGCUACCACAAUCACAGAGUGCCUGCAUACCUUCUGUAAGAGCUGCAUAGUGAAGUACCUACAGACCAGUAAGUAUUGCCCCAUGUGCAAUAUAAAAAUCCACGAGACUCAGCCACUUCUCAACCUCAAACUGGACCGUGUGAUGCAGGACAUCGUUUACAAACUGGUCCCUGGACUACAGGAGAGUGAGGAUAAGCGAAUACAGGCCUUCUAUCAGGCCCGAGGCUUGGAUCGCUUCAUCCACUCAACUAAAGGAGAUGGCAUUACUGAUAACGGUGGCAUGACACUGGGCAGCUUUGACCAAUCAAAAGCCCACUUUUACAGAUACGACGAGCAGGUGUCUCUGUGUCUUGAAAGGCGGAGUUCCCUAUCAUUGGUUUCAAAAGACAAGAUUAAGUUGGCACAGCAGAAGUUUGUGCGUUGUCCAGCGAGGACAGAAGUUCAGCACCUCAGGAGAGUCCUAUGUCGGAGACUCAACCUGGAGAAACAGCAGGUGCAGAUGUUAUUUAAUGACAAGUCUCUUCCUGAUCACAUGACCAUGAGGCAACUCUGGCUCUCUCACUGGUUUGGCAAGCCUCAGCCAUUGGUCCUCCAGUACGUCAUCAGAGAGAAGAGAGGCAGAUGAAGCCGGCGGAUGACCUCCAGCAUGUCCAGAUACUCUCAGCUGGAAACUGUUUAUAGGGCACACACAUCUCUAUUUUACUAUUGUCACAUACAGAUGCCAAUUUUUGUGCAUUUUAUUAUGUAUAUUUUUAAGAUAAAAAUAAAAAAAAAUGAUCAUGUAA